AUGGCAAAAGCUCCUUUCCAGUUUCCUGUACCCAUCAGUGCCAAAACAGGAAUCUUUUUCUCGUCUCUUCUCAUCAGACGCACCAUAAAUGGCUCUUUCAUACUUGAUCAAGAAUGGUAUUGCACUCCCAGCCCUGAUCUUUCUCCUCCUACUGAACCCUUCUCUAGCGUCUCCGGUGUCGGUAUUAACUACGGCACUCUAGGAAAUAAUCUGCCAUCGCCAAAAAGAGUAGCUCAGCUGCUUCAGUCCACCCUCAUUGAUAAGGUCAAGAUUUAUGACACCAACCCUGAUAUUCUUGAAGCCUUCUCCAACACCGGCAUUGAUCUCAUUGUUGCAGUGGAAAACUACCUCGUGUCAAACGUAAGUUCCAGUGCUUCUGCCGCCGAUGAGUGGUUUUCCACUCGUAUCGUGCCUUUCAUUCCGGCCACAUCCGUCAUUGCCAUUGCCGUGGGAAAUGAGUAUUUAACCACCGAUGAUGAUAAGUUAGAUCACAAUGCUUUAGUCAAAGCCAUGCAAAACUUGCACCAAGUUUUGCUCUCGCGAGGUUUGGACCGCAAAAUUAAGGUCACGACACCUCAUAGCAUGGCGGUUCUUGCAUCUUCAUUUCCUCCCUCGGCUUCCACCUUCGCCACCACCCUCCUCCCCACAAUGACGGCCAUAGUGGGAUUCUUAGCUGAUACCGGUUCACCAUUUAUGGUGAAUGCAUAUCCAUAUUUUGCAUACAGGGAUAAUCCCGCUAUGGUCAACCUGGAAUAUGCAUUGCUAGGCAAUUCCACUGGGGUACGUGACCCCAAGGGGUACAAGUACACCAACAUGCUGGAUGCACAGAUUGAUGCCGUUCGAUCUGCCGUCGCCGCAUUAGGCUUUGGCAAUCGUUCGGUCGAAAUUACUGUGUCUGAAUCAGGAUGGCCAUCCAAGGGUGAUGCAGGAGAGACUGCAGCUGCUCCUGAUAACGCCAAAACUUACAUCACUAGGCUGAUCGAACGCGCUCAGUCAAAUAAAGGAACUCCAAUGAAGCCCAGGGAUAGUAUAGAGAUCUUUGUUUUCGCUUUGUUCAACGAGAACAAGAAACAAGGGGGCGUCAGUGAGAGAAACUUUGGGAUAUUCAAUUCGGAUGGAUCAAAAGUUUAUGAUGUAGACUUGAGCUGUAAAUUUUGCAGCAGUAAUGGUAACAAAAUGGGGUUUGGGGAGAGAGUUUCAGGCAUGGCAAGAGGACCAUCGGUUUGGUGUGUGGCCAAACCACAUGCGGAUGAGAAGGUGGUUCAGGCCGUCUUAGAUUUUUGCUGUGGCCCAGGAGGGGUGGACUGCAGAGAGAUCUAUGAGAAGGGAGAUUGUUUCGAGCCUGAUAAGGUCCAUGCCCAUGCAUCCUAUGCUAUGAAUGCAUACUACCAGAUGCACGGAAGAAACUAUUGGAAUUGCGAUUUCAAGGGUACUGGACUUGUGACCUUCAGCGAUCCAAGCUAUGGCAAGUGCAGCUAUUCCCAACAGUGAAAGAGCUACUUUCGAGAAGAAAAGGAUGAUGGUUUACAGCUCUCCUCGUCUGGUCUCCUAGUGAUAAUUUACACUCUUGAGUAGAUGCGUGGUCCCGGUUACAAAAUCCAUUUGUAUUUUUCGCAAACAUAUUAUUAUCAAAUGGGUUAUGUGAAAAGUUGUGGAAAUUUUUGGUUGAUUA